AUGUUCCCCCCUCCACCCAAAGAUCUAGACUGGAAGGAUAUCGGCUUCAAAGUCCAUGAAGUCAAUGGCCAUGUCGAAUGCAACCUUUCCCGCACAGGCACGCAGCAAUGGAGCACCCCAAAACUAGUAGAAUCACCAUAUCUAAAAAUCCACGGCAUGGCCCCGGGCCUAAACUACGGGCAGCAAGUAUACGAGGGCCUCAAAGCCUUCCGACACGCCAACAACAAAAUAACCAUAUUCCGCCCGACGCGCAACGCGUUGCGAAUGCAAAAGUCAGCAGAAGUGGUCUCAAUCCCACCAGUCCCCGAAGAUGUUUUCCUAGAAUGUGUCCGGCUAGCAGUAGCCUCAAAUGCAGAGUUCGUGCCGCCGCACGAGUCCGGCGCGGCGAUGUAUAUCAGGCCGCUACUGUUCGGGUCAUCGGCGCAGCUGGGCCUUAGCCCACCAGAUGAGUAUACGUUUGUAGUGUUUGUUAUGCCGACGGGCGUUUACCACGGGUCUAGCGGUGUCGAUGCGUUGAUUUUGGAGGAUUUUGACCGGGCCGCGCCGAGGGGGACCGGCUCUGCUAAGGUUGGGGGGAACUAUGCGCCUGUCAUGCGGUUUAGUGAUCGGGCGAGGAGCGAGGGGUUUGGAAUUACGUUGCAUCUCGAUUCUGCGUCUCGGAGUGAGAUUGAUGAGUUUUCGACGUCGGCUUUUAUUGGGGUUUUGCGGGAUGGGGAGAAGAAGCUGCAGAUUAUGUUGCCUGAUAGUGCUAAUGCUAUUGAUUCGGUGACGGCAGGCUCGGUGGCUGAAAUUGCGAGAGGGAUUUUGGGGCUUGAGGUUACGAAGAAACAGAUUGGGUAUGAGGAAUUGGGACUUUUUGAUGAGGUUAUUGCUGCUGGGACUGCGGCAGCGCUGGUCCCCGUGCGGAGUAUCACCAUGCGUUCGAGGGAUGAGAAGUUUCAGUAUCGUUGUGGAGAGCAAAAUGAAGGUGGUGAGGUCUUUACCAAGCUGUUGCAGACGCUGCGUGGGAUUCAGUUAGGAUCGAUUGAAGAUACAUUUGGCUGGAACUAUGAGGUGAAGGAUGUUUAG